UCUAAGUUUUUGUUUUUUUCUACUGAUGAUGAAUUUAAAAAUACUGCAUUUGGAUCCAAAGUGUUUGAUAGUUUUGUUUGGGAAUAAUCUUUUAAAAUGUAAGGGUUUGUUAUUCAUUCAGACAACUUGUUCAUGCAAACCGAGCAAUAAAGUGGCAUUUUGGUCUUUUUCUUUUGUCCAGGAAUGGGGGGUUUACAGUUAUAUCCCUUUAGCUUUACACAGCAAACUUUACUUUUCAUUUGGCUUUGCAGCUCCUGCAGGUGGGGUAGGCUACUACAAGGGUUGGAGUUCUGAGUUCUGAGGAGUAAUUGUAAGAGUAAAGCUUUUCUUUAAUCAGACUUCAGCAACAUUUUUCCCCUCAGCCUAUUGAUCUAUGUCUCUGUGACCAAUAGUGAAUUUCUGGAGGAGAUCAGUGACCACAUGCAUCCUGCUUUAGUAAUCCUAUACACAAUAGGUUAAUCCCAAAUUGGUUAGUUGAUGGUUUAGCCUUCAAACACAAGAAACAUGAAUAUUGCUUUCUUUACCCAUAUUUUGAGACCUAGAAACAGUAGAAUUCUCAGCUCCAUGUCUGUCUAAACCCUACUCCAUGAAGCAUCAGGGUGGUUUUUAUCCAGAAAUGAAGCGGCACAGACAGAUUCAUCACAAAUGUCAGAAAACUGAAAUAAUUCUAGUAUAUUAGAUUAGCAGAUUACUAUGUCUCUCUCUCUCUCACUUUUUUUUUUUUUACAAGUUGUUAAUUCUUAAGUAUAAGAACUCCAAAAGUAAUUGGGAUUUUGGUUUCAUUUGUGUCUGCUUAAUUAAGUGCAGGAUUAGCCGUAUGGCAACAAAAAUACAGCAAGCAUUUUCAGUCAUUAUUCAAUAUGUAGACCAUCAGUUUUGUAUCAGACCACAAGGUGGCACUGCAUCAUGGAAAAACAAAAGGGGUGAGGCCAUGGACAGCUAAAAACACUGCAGAGGAAGCCUUAUGUGUGUAAAUCAUGAGUCUUUACGCAUGAUUAGUUAUUGCAGAAUAACAAUGUUGUUGAGUGGGCUCACGGGUGCACCUUUAUGCACCGACAUUUGUCUGGCUGGUUUUCAUUUUCAAAGCUUUUCAGUGUGAUGUAUCGAUUAGGGAGAUGCUGGGAUGUAUCUUAAAAAAAGAAUUUGAAGUCUUGCAAAUAGGAGACAGCCAUACUGGUAUUGGCAGAAACACAAAGAGAGGGACAACCAGGGCUGUCACUUGCUGGCGUAUUUAAACACUAGCAUUCAUGUGCAUCAAAGACAAAAAUAUCUUCCAGGAAAAAAAAAAUAAAUAAAUAACAGGAAACAAACACUGAUAUGUUCCCUCUGUUUCAGUAUUGAUUUUUUUAUAACAAAGAAGAUAGAUGCUGAAAGAGAUACAAACCCUUGAGAUCCCCCUCUGAUUUUAGCACAAAUGGUGCCGUCCUUGCUCUUUUACUAAAGGACACACGCAGAUACUUCCGCUUCCCGCAUCUCCUCCCCCAUACCUCUAACUCCUCCUUCAUGCACUCCCCCACACCUUCGCCUGGAUCAGUGGGGAAGUGGUGUAUUUAGAGAGGCUUGCUGGGUUGUCAUAGCAUCUGCUUAUACCUCUGUAGCGUAACUGUUGGAGGGGUGGAACUCUCCUCUGCCUUUCUCUGUCUUUAUAGGUCGUCUAGUUUACCUCUUAGUGAUGUGUACUAGACCACGACUCCUCCCUUUUCAGCCCUGCUUUAGAUGAAGUUGCUGUGGCUGUGCGUAGCUGCAGGGUUGGAGGACUGAGGAUACCAGUGCUCUUCUUUUCCCACACUUGUCCAUUUGAGACUGUUUGUCCUUGGAGGAAGGAGGCAUCACCUAAGGUGGAGGCUCAAAGCUUCAAUCUUACUUUUGUAAGAGCUGUUCAAGAGCAGCCAUGGCUCACGCUGCAGCUCACAUUAAGAAGGCCAGGUCUGAGAUGGAGCAACCUCCGGACUUGAAGGCUCUGGAGAAAGCCAGAGAAAGGAGGAGGCGUUCCCGAGAAAGGGCCGAGCGCAGGCGGAAGUCAGACAGUAACACCAGUUUCCUGAGAGCGGCAAGAGCAGGGAACCUUGACAAGGUUUUGGAAUACCUUAAAGGGGGCGUGGACAUCAGCACCUGCAAUCAGAAUGGACUUAAUGCACUGCACCUGGCUGCCAAAGAGGGCCACAUAGACCUGGUGCAGGAGCUGCUGGAUAGAGGAGCACCUGUGGAUUCAUCCACAAAGAAAGGAAACACAGCUCUUCACAUCUCCUCCCUGGCUGGUCAGGCUGAGGUUGUUAAGACUCUGGUCAAACGAGGCGCAGACAUCAACGCUCAGUCUCAGAAUGGAUUUACUCCCUUGUACAUGGCAGCUCAGGAGAACCACCUGGAUGUGGUGAGAUACCUGCUUGAGAAUGGAGGCAACCAGAGCACAGCUACAGAGGAUGGGUUUACCCCCUUGGCCAUUGCCCUCCAGCAAGGCCACAAUCAGGUGGUUUCCAUCUUACUGGAGAAUGAUACCAAAGGCAAGGUGCGCCUGCCUGCCUUACACAUUGCUGCCCGGAAGGACGACACCAAAUCAGCCGCCUUGCUUCUCCAGAAUGAUCAUAAUGCUGAUGUCCAGUCCAAGAUGAUGGUCAAUAGGACUACUGAGAAUGGCAAGAGUGGAUUCACCCCCCUGCAUAUUGCUGCCCACUACGGAAACGUAAACGUGGCUACACUUCUCCUUAACCGGGGAGCAGCUGUUGAUUUUACUGCAAGAAAUGGGAUCACUCCCCUGCAUGUGGCUUCAAAGCGCGGAAACACCAACAUGGUUCGCCUACUGCUGGACCGAGGCUCACAGAUCGAUGCUAAAACACGGGAUGGACUGACUCCUCUUCACUGUGCAGCUCGCAGUGGCCAUGAAACAUCUGUGGAGGUCUUGCUGGAGAAAGGAGCACCUUUGCUGGCCAGAACAAAAAACGGGCUGUCACCUCUUCAUAUGGCGGCACAAGGAGACCACGUUGAAUGUGUCAAGCAUCUUUUGCAGCACAAAGCUCCUGUUGAUGAUGUCACAUUGGAUUACUUGACAGCACUGCAUGUGGCAGCUCACUGUGGUCAUUACAGAGUCACCAAACUGCUGCUGGACAAGAGGGCCAAUCCCAACGCCAGGGCACUUAAUGGCUUCACUCCACUGCACAUAGCCUGUAAGAAAAACCGAGUCAAGGUGAUGGAGCUGCUUGUCAAAUAUGGAGCAUCCAUUCAGGCCAUCACAGAGUCUGGUUUGACUCCCAUCCAUGUGGCAGCUUUCAUGGGUCACUUAAACAUCGUCCUGCUGCUUCUGCAGAACGGAGCCUCGCCUGAUGUCAGCAACAUUCGUGGAGAAACGUCAUUACACAUGGCAGCGAGGGCAGGGCAGGUGGAGGUGGUUAGAUGUCUUCUAAGAAAUGGAGCCAUGGUGGAUGCUCGGGCUCGGGAGGACCAGACUCCACUCCACAUUGCAUCCAGAUUGGGAAAGACUGAGAUUGUGCAGCUGCUGUUGCAACAUAUGGCCCAUCCUGAUGCUGCCACAACCAAUGGCUACACACCCCUUCAUAUCUCUGCCAGAGAGGGGCAGCUGGAAACAGCUUCAGUCCUUUUGGAGGCUGGGGCUUCACAUUCAUCGGCCACCAAGAAAGGUUUUACUCCUCUGCAUGUGGUCUCAAAAUAUGGCAGCCUGGAUGUGGCCAAACUUCUGCUGCAACGCCAGGCGCCUCCUGAUUCUGCUGGAAAGAAUGGACUCACUCCCCUCCAUGUUGCAGCUCAUUAUGAUAACCAGAAGGUGGCACUCCUACUUUUGGAUAAAGGGGCAUCACCCCAUACCACAGCCAAGAACGGCUACACCCCUCUGCACAUUGCAGCCAAGAAGAACCAGAUGGACAUUGCAACAGUUUUGCUGCAGUACGGUGCAGAGACCAACACUCUGACAAAGCAAGGAGUCACUCCGGUCCAUCUGGCUUCCCAGGAGGGCCAUGCUGACAUGGCUGCCCUGCUUAUUAGCAAGGGGGCUCAAAUCAAUGUCCCCACCAAGAGCGGCCUUACUGCCCUCCACCUGGCAGCCCAAGAGGACAGAGUCGCCGUUGCUGAAAUCCUUGCCAGAAAUGGGGCUAACCUGGAUCAACAGACCAAAUUGGGCUACACUCCACUGAUUGUAGCGUGUCACUAUGGUAACGCAAAGAUUGUGAAUUUUCUUCUUCAGAAUGGAGCCAGUGUGAAUUCCAAGACAAAGAAUGGUUACACACCACUUCAUCAAGCUGCCCAGCAAGGAAACACACACAUCAUCAAUAUUCUUCUGCAGUAUGGUGCCAAACCAAACGCUGUCACUGUGAAUGGUAAUACCGCUCUGGGUAUUGCUCGGAGGUUAGGCUACAUUUCUGUUGUGGACACACUGAGGGUGGUCACUGAGGAGAUCAUUACCACCACCACGACAGUGACAGAGAAACACAAGCUGAAUGUGCCUGAAACUAUGACGGAGGUCUUGGAUGUGUCUGAUGAAGAGGGUGAUGACACUAUGACGGGCGAUGGAGGGGAGUAUCUGAGGCCAGAGGACCUCCGGGAGCUAGGAGAUGACUCCCUGCCUGGACAGUACUUGGAUGGAAUGAACUACCUUCACUUCAGCCUGGAGGGCGGAUGCACUGACAGUCGAUUGCAAAGUUCAGAGAGGUCCUUCACACCCACCAACCAUGACUACUACUCUCCUAGAAAUGAAGGCAUGCUGGAUGAAAUGCUCAGUCAACAGCUCUCAUCUUUAGCUAGAGAAAAUGAGAGGGACUCCUACAGGCUCAGUUGGUGUGCAGACAAUCUGGACAACAUAGCUUUGUCCUCCAGCCCCGUCCACUCAGGCCGCUGCUCUCCGUGCCAUGGAGACCACAGCAGUUUCCUGGUCAGCUUCAUGGUUGAUGCUCGAGGUGGCGCCAUGCGUGGUUGCCGGCACAAUGGCCUCCGCAUCAUAAUUCCACCAAGACAGUGCAGUGCUCCAACACGGAUCACAUGUCGGCUGGUGAAGAGACACCGUCUGGCCACCAUGCCCCCCAUGGUGGAGGGUGAGGGGCUGGCCAGCAGGCUCAUUGAAGUGGGGCCCUCAGGAGCCCAAUUUCUCGGUAAACUGCACCUUCCCAGUGCCCCCCCACCUCUUAAUGAGGGCGAGAGUUUGGUUAGCAGAAUCCUGCAGCUUGGUCCACCAGGGACAAAAUUUCUUGGUCCUGUGAUAGUGGAGAUUCCCCACUUUGCCUCCCUGCGAGGAAAGGAGCGUGAGCUGGUGAUUCUGAGAAGUGAGACAGGAGAUAGCUGGAAGGAGCAUCACUGCGAACACACCCAAGAGGAGCUUAACCAGAUUCUCAAUGAAAUGGAUGAAGACCUGGACACACCCGAAGAGCUGGAAAGGAAGCGCAUUUGCAGAAUCAUCACCAGGGACUUCCCUCAGUACUUUGCUGUUGUGUCACGCAUUAAACAAGACAGUCAUCUAAUUGGUCCUGAGGGAGGCAUCCUAAGCAGCACGGUUGUGCCCCAGGUGCAGGCUGUUUUCCCAGAGGGGGCACUCACCAAGAGGAUAAGGGUUGGACUACAGGCCCAGCCACUGAGUGUUGAUGUAGUGAGGAAGAUCUUGGGAAACAAGGCCACCUUCAGCCCCAUUGUAACCCUGGAGCCACGCAGGAGAAAGUUCCAUAAGCCAAUCACCAUGACCAUCUCGGUUCCAAGAAGCAACUCUGACCCAGUUCUUAAUGGCUUUGGAGGAUACACACCCACGUUACGACUGCUCUGCAGCAUCACUGGUGGAACCACUCCUGCCCAGUGGGAAGAUAUCACUGGAACCACUCCAUUAACAUUCAUCAAUGAUUGCGUCUCUUUUACUACAAAUGUUUCUGCUCGGUUUUGGCUCAUCGACUGUCGACAAGUCCAAGAAUCUAUCAACUUUUCCACUCAAGUGUACAGGGAGAUCAUCUGUGUUCCUUACAUGGCAAAGUUUGUCAUCUUUGCCAAGUCCCAUGAUCACAUUGAGGCUCGCCUUCGCUGCUUCUGCAUGACUGAUGACAAGAUUGAUAAAACCCUGGAGCAGCAGGAGAACUUCACAGAAGUGGCCCGCAGCCGAGAUGUGGAGGUUCUGGAAGGCAAACCCAUCUAUGCAGAUUGCUUUGGAAACUUAGUUCCUCUCACAAAAAGUGGCCAGCAUCAUCUUUUCAGCUUUUAUGCCUUUAAAGAAAAUAGAUUGGCCCUCUUCAUUAAAAUUCGAGACAACACUCAGGAGCCAUGUGGCCGGCUGUCUUUUAUGAAAGAACCAAGGAAUUACAGGUCACUAACACAAAAUGCCAUUUGCAACCUCAAUAUCACUCUGCCAUCGUACUCUAAGGAGUCUGAUUCAGACCAAGAGCAAGAAGAAGAGACCAGCAGAACCCUGGAGAAAUAUGAAGCGACGGAGACAACAGUCCUGAAAUCUGAGCUAAUUCGACAACCAGAUCUUCUGUCUGACGUGUCAGAGAUGAAACAAGAUUUGAUCAAAAUGACUGCUAUUUUGGCUGCAGACUCGACAGACAAUUCUCGUUCUGUUGGGGGGAGUGGUCUAGAGAAAGGGACUGAGGAUGUUUCUGGAGAACCAUUAGAAAUAAUGGAAAAGGACUUAGAGAAAGUAAAAGAGGACCUAGAGAAAGUCAGUGAAAUACUGAGAAGUGGAACUUAUGAAGACAAGGUGUCAGAGGAGGCAGCUAAAGCAGUCAGUACUGCUGAGGAGUGGGUUCUUCUUUCAAACAGUGAAAUAGAAGAAGCCAAGAAAAUGGCAACCUUGGAGGUUCACGAGCCUGUCUUGCGUGAAAGUAGAGCAAACAGAGGGACACCCAGACCUAAAGCCAUAAAGGACAGCAGUGACCUUAAAGAAUACCUCCUGGAUGCACAAGUAAGCUCAAAAACAAAAGCUAAUAAAAAAGAAAGUGGUGUCCAAGAACGAUUUACUGAUGUUGUUCUACGCAAAAGUACAAAGCCAACCACACCAACUAGAGUUCAUGCCAGAUCAACUAUAGGAGAAGGCAAAAAGUUAAUUAAAAAAAAGGAAAAAGUUCAUGAGGAAGUUGGGGAAUGCAAGGAGGCUAGUACUCUCCUGAGCCUACCUUCUAAUAAACAGCCAUCUCCUGUAUCUCCAGUAAUUGAAGAAACUCCCAUUGGUUCUAUUAAGGACAAAGUUAAAGCCCUAAACCAAAAAGUAGAGGCAGAGCAAAAGAGUAAAAAGGUCACUGGUAAAUCACCUUCACAGUUGCCUGUUACUAAACCUUUUCCAAAGGCCAAAGAAAGCCCCAAAGCAAGGCAUGGUCUUCCAAAACCUCCAAAAGCCGAAUCAGAGAAAGUUGGGGAAACCAUGACAGUUAAAGAAUUGAUGCAAGCAUUCCAAACAGGGCAGGAUCCCUCCAAGAGAAAGGCUGGCUUAUUUGAGGCCAAAACAGUUCCUACAUCAAGACCAGACAAAUCUACAAAAUCUGAAACUGUUCAAUCAAAAUACACAACCAAAGCAACUACCUCACUGAAGGCACAAGAAAAAGAACACAAUCUACGGAACAAAAAGGACAACACGUCAGCUGCAGCUUACUCAGAGCUAACUGAAACUGUAUGCUUUGGAAAUAGUGGCCUUGAUGAUAGCUCUGACAGCCUUAAACAUGAAGGUGUGGGAGACUCACAUAGUGCCAGUUCCGGAGAUGGAACUCCUCACAUGAGCUCUGAGGACAGUUACAAACAUGAGGGUCUGGCUACUCCAGGCUCAAGCCCUGAGAGUCUGUCAGGACAGCAGGCAUCUGCAGCUUCAUUACCAGCUUCCAUUAAAUGGGAAAAACAAAUCAAAGAUGGAGAGAAAUCUAGAGACUGUGGUGAAGGGGCCAUUGGUGAUCUAAUGUCUACAGAACUGACCCUCCCGGUUUCUUCCAGCGAGGCUGCAAAUGACUAUACAACAAGUGAGUUCAUAACUAUUAGGAGUGACUCUAAGCAAUCUACAUCUCAAAGGCCGACAAGGAGGAUUUCUGAGACUGUAGAAACAUUUCUUAGCGAUGAUGAUGAUAACUCUGACCAUCAGUUAGCAUUGUUUUUAGUUGGUUCUCCAACCUCUAGAUCCCCCUCUCAGCCUUGUAAAAACUUUGAACUGCCUUUAAAACAAGAAUCCGACACUAUCAGUCCAAUAGCUGAAGACUCUUUGACAAUAAGCCACAGAGACUCUCUUGAGGGUAGUCCUCUAAUGGAAGAAAAUUCCUCCCAUAAGUCUCCUGACUCUAUUGAGCCUAGCCCAACCAAGGAAUCACCUCCUCGUGACUCUCUCGAAAACAGCCCUGUAGAGCAAAAAAAGCACCUUCCCUUUCUGUCAAUACUUGAUGACCCUAGUGAAUCCUCUAGUCAUCCCGAACUUUCCAAAGCUACAGAAUUACCCCAAGAUGCAUUACGUGGUAGGCACCUUCGAGACCAUGAGGCUAGUGCUGAUGAUGACAGUUGUGAGCAGACAUCUCAGAUGACAAGUUCGGGUAAGAGUCCCUUUUCCCCUGAUACUCCUAGUUCUGAAGAGGUAAGUUAUGAGGUAAACCCCAAGCUCCCUGACCAUGCAUUCCUCUUUGUUUCAUUAAAACCGGCUGUCAUUCCUGAAGACCCAAAAGAAGAGGAUUCAACAAACAACUAUGAAGCACAGAGAAAGUUCACUCCUGAAGAGGAGAUGUUUAAGAUGGCAGCCAAAAUUAAAACAUUCAAUGAAAUGGAACAAGAUGCCAAGAUCAAAAGGAAGGCUAGCAAAGAAUUUUGUCUCGAAACAGAUUUGAAAGUUGGGAAUGACAGCUGUGAAACACUAGAGACCACCAAUAAGAAUCUUUCACAGAUUGAAUGUGGGCUCAGUAAAGCCACAGAAGAUUCAAAAUUAGAUCUUUGUGUUUAUACAGAUAUUAAAGUUCAACCUCCCUCUCCUUUUUCAGCAGGUUUGCAUGAUGGACACAGCAAAGAAGUCAGAAGUACAACAUCAGCCACUGUCACUUCUGAGGGACCUCGCUCUGUCUCAGACCAAUGUCAUUUAAAAUCUAAGCUGCAAUUAACUCAUGAAGGAAAUACUGGAUCAACUGAAAAAUAUAUUUGUGCCAAAGUGGCAUCAGCAAAUUCUGAAAAUCGGACUGAUGAGCAAAAGGAAGAAAGCUUAAGAAAGUCUAAGGAAACCAUAGGAGAUGGUCUAAAGUUUGAGGUUAGCAGAACACAGACUAGUAUGGUAAAAACAGUUGGUAAUGUAACAGAUGAAGUCAAAGAAGAUCUCAUAGGGCAUUUUGGGGCAACAGCAGCUGGGCUAAGUGCACCUGCAGCUACAAGCCAAGCAAAACAAGAGGUCUGCAUCUACACAGAUAGAGUUGAAACUGAAAUGCAGGAUUGUCCUACAACUGAGUCAAAAGGUGUCACUGCAAGUGUAGACUCGUGGCCUGCAAUGCAAGAGAAUGAUACUGCUUUUGCAGCUCGCGUGAGAGAGGAGGAGCAAAAAAUUCUGAACCUGGUGGUUGAUCGCCAGUCUCUUCAAGCAUCUCCUGACACCACGCCGGGUAGAACACCAACAGAGGAGAGCACUCCUACGAGUGAACCCAAUCCUUUUCUUUUCCAAGAAGGAAAACUCUUUGAAAUGACUCGAAGUGGGGCUAUUGACAUGACUAGAAGAAGCUAUGAGGAAGAUGGAGGUGGCUUUGCAUUUUUUCAGAUAGGUGAACAGCCUCUAGACGACUGUGUCUUGGAGGAGGUUAGACAAGAAAACAGACCAGGAGUAGAACUCCAAGUUGGUCUCAAUCUAACAUUAGAAGUUAAACCCGGGGGAGAUGAGACCUCAAACGAAACCAUUGUUUUUCAAUCUCAUGUUCCACCUGAAGGAGAGACUGAGCCUUCCAGGACUGAUCCCUCUAAAUCUAAAAUCCCUAAAAUGGGUGUUUCAGCCUCAGCAAAGCAAAUCAAGAAAGAUCAGACAUUCUCUGAGCUUUCACAAACUAAAUCAGAAAUGAGUGAACUGAACACAAGUUCCUCUGAACAAAUUAUGACAAAUAUACACACUGCAGAAACAACUGUAACUAGAUCAGUUUAUUCUGCACAAGGGCAAGACUCCUCUGACUCCUCUCCGGAACAAGCCCAAUCAGUAAUAGAAGCCCCCAAAACAACAAGUAAGUCAAAACAAAGUACUUCUAGAACUGUUAAGAAAACACCAGUCAAAACUCAAGCCAAGUCUUUCUCUCAAAGUCAGGGAAAAUCUAUGGUUCCUUCUCCUUCUGAUGGAACAUCUUCUCUAGCCACCAGUCUGAAAAAAGAGUCAUCAUUUAUGGAAUCCAAAUCUAGAAUUCCCGUCAAGGCAAGCAGUGUCAAGCCUGAUUCAAAUGUGAGACGAACUGAAUCUAACCAAGAUAAAAAACUUAAGGUGACUGUAAAAAAGGACACGAGGAGAAAAUCUGAGACAGAUGCAGGUCCCUCUGUGGAAGUCAAAACCAAGUCAGCAUCUUCUAAAGCCAAGAGCUUCUGUGAGGGAGAAUCUACCCAGCCAUCUGCUAAUAAAGAAAAAGGUCGUCCCUGGACUGCUGAGUCAGCAAAAUCGAAAUGCUUCUUAUCCAGAUUGCCAAUCCGGGGUAAAAGUGGUCAGUCGUCUCACUCAGCAACACCUACUAAAGAGAAAGGUGAACCACACAGACAGUCCACUGAGUUCUCUGAGGAGAUACGUGAUGAAGCAGCCAAACUUGUGGCAAGGCUGGCACAGGUGGAGACGGAGAGAGAACAUGAGGACGCGUCUGCCUUAUCAGAUGAUGAAAGCAGUCUCCUUGAUCCAUCCAUGAUAGAAAGAGAAACUUUCCCAGAGCUGCAGUUCCCUCCCUCUGGAGACGUCUUUCCCAUUAGACCACUGUGGGAUGACCCUGUUGAGACACAGAUGCAGCGAAUACCAGACGAUAAAGUCCAAAGUCAAGUAGAUCCACAGGAAGAAGCAGAGAAACAAGAGCAACGGUUUGCCAUUAUAGCUGAUCACCUUGGCUUCAGCUGGACAGAAUUAGCCCGAGAUUUGGGGUUCAGCGAGGAGAAUAUCAACAUGAUAAGAAAUGAUAACCCAAACUCUUUGCAAGACCAAAGCCAUGCCCUUCUAAACCAGUGGGCAAAGAGAGAAGAGCAGCAUGCCACAGCAGAAGGAACCCUUCUGAACAAACUGACAAAGAUCAACCGAAUGGACAUUGUUCAUCUUAUUGAAACUAGUUUAAGCAAAUCCACUCAAGGAGAUACAUCGUCACACACCUAUGCGGAAAUUGAAGAAACUAUAGCUCUAGACUAUAGUGAAGGUUUCACUGCCCUUCAUGAAGACAUGGAUAGUCCACGGCCUGGGAGGCGUAAAGAAACUGCAAGUAGGACUCCAGUUUCAGGGCAACAGGUACCAGUGGUUUCAGCCGAGGAGCUUUCCUCCAGUUUGUCAUCACUUCAAGAGACAACAGGAAGGUCUGACACAAGUGCCAUGGCAGCAAACCUUCCAAGAAACUCACAGAAAGAAAAACUACAAAAAGAUUUAAAAUCCCCUCAAUCAUUACAAGGAAUAUACAAGGGAGAAAAAGACUUAGCACACUCUGGCAUCUAUAGACAAGGGGAUCACCUGCCAGACAUUCCACCACAAACCGUCACAGAAGAGAAGUACACAGAUGAGCAUGGCAACAUGGUUGUCAAGAAAAUCACACGGAAGGUGAUUCGUAAGUACGCAUCACCGGAUGGCCUGGAGACGCAGGAAGUGACGAUGGAGGGAUCCCAGCAGGAGACGGUGCAGAUUGAGGAAGGAAGCGGUUUGUCCCAGGUAGUGAAGAGAACAGUGAUCCACAGUGAAGGAGAACAAAAAGAGCUGACCUGUGGCUCAGCCACAGCAUCAGAGUUUGAGGUGGAGCCUGUUCAGGGACGAAAGGUCAGCAAGGUUGUCAAGACAACGGUGGUGAAAGGGGAGAGGAUGGAGAGGCGGAGAGGAGACCCCUUAUUGUCUGCAGACCUUCCUUCUGCAAGAGAGGACUUUGAGAAGGCAUUGGGUUAUGCUGGUGGCUUUGGGAAAGUGCCUCAUGUGGUAGAGAAAGAGACUUUACAGAGCGAUGGUUCUGUGGUUAAAAGAAGCCGAAUGCAUAAGUCUUGCACCCAGAAAAGGACUGUGGUGAGGGAUGCACAGAGAAAGCACUUGCACCUGGAACGCCUGGAGGACACCCCAGAUGCCCUGGAGCCUGACGCCCUGCAGCAGCACCUGAACGCACUGCUCCAACGCUACUGUCAGGAUGUCCAGGAAGAAGAGCAACAGGAGGAGGAGAGAUCUGACUAAACAGCUUCUUCAACUGAUCCUCACCUAAAAUCUACCACUAAGGAAAUGUGGCUCCUCUGAAACAGAAGGGGUUCUGGUCCUCACUGAUCAUUACAACCAAGAUGUUUUCUUUAGUUUCUGGAUGAUAAGAAAAGCAGAACAACGGAUUCUUGUGCAUUGGCACCUCCUGUGCUUUGAUGGUGACUAAAGAAAGCUCGACUUGUUGCUGGUGUUCCCUGUUUGUCACCAUUUGGCUGAUGUGACAAAAACAGUGAAUCAAAAGAUGAAUCUCAUGGAAAAGCAGGCAAAAUUUGCCAUAUGCAUGAGCUCCUUCUUGGUUAAGAAUUGUAAAGAUUUGUACAUAGAAGAG